CCGCCCUCGCCCAUCAUGCGUCCUCUUUCGCGGACGGCCCUCCGGCCCUACGUCUGCCCCUCCUGUCAAUUGGGACGUCUCCCUGUCCGCAGGAGAUUUGCCUCCCACUCCCCCUCGUCCUCGAACAGCUCCCCUCCCGAGAUCUACGAUGUAGUCUGCGUCGGAGGCGGUCCUGCCGGUCUAGGACUGUUGGCAGCUCUCCGGGCCUCCCCCGCUACCUCCAAGCUCAAGGUCGCCCUGGUCGAGACCCAAGACCUCGCCAAAGCCCGCUCGUGGUCCCUCGAUUCGCAGCAAUUCUCCAACCGGGUCAGCAGCCUCACCCCGUCGUCCGUCUCGUUCCUGAAGAAAAUCGGCGCCUGGGAUUACCUCGACACUGCGCGCGCACAACCCUACCAGGAGAUGCAGGUCUGGGAUGGCGAGACCGGCUCGCGCAUAUCCUUCGACUGGUCCAUGGAGACCUCCCCGUUCGAGGACCUCCGCCCCGUCGCGACCAUGACCGAGAACACCAACCUCGUGCGCGCCCUCCUGUCGCGCAUCGCCGCCUCCGGAGACGACAACCUCUCCAUCUUCUCCAACACCACCGUCUCCUCCAUCACCAACGGCACCGAAAGCCCCAACGGACCCGACCUGUCCGCCUGGCCCGUCCUCUCCAUCUCCCCCACCGCCGCCGCCGCCGCCUCCUCCCAACCGCCCACCCGUAUCGCCGCGCGCCUCCUCGUCGGCGCCGACGGCAUCAACAGCCCUGUCCGCCGCUUCGCCGACAUCUCCACCGAUGGCUGGGACUACAACCGCCACGGCAUCGUCGCGACCCUCUCCCUCGCCGACCUGGACCCCGUCCCGUUCCCCCUCGGCACAAGAACCGCCUACCAGCGCUUCCUCCCCUCUCUCGGCGGUCCCAUCGCCCUGCUCCCUCUCCCGAACAAUCACGCUACCCUCGUGUGGUCCACCACCGUCGAGAAUGCCGCCUACCUCAAAUCCCUCUCCCCGAAGGCUUUCCUCGCCAUGGUCAACGCCGCCUUCCGCCUCUCCAUGACCGACCUCCAAUACAUGCUGCGCAUGGACCGACCCGCCACCGUCUCCGACGCCGAGGACCCCCAUGAGAACGAACUCGCCUGGCGUCUCGAACACACCCCGCAACCCCCCCACCUCCCACCAACUGUCACCGGCGUCCAGGAAGGCAGCGUGGCCUCCUUCCCGCUCCGCUUCCGCCACGCCACCUCCUACGUCUCCCCCCGCGUGGCCCUCGUCGGCGACGCAGCCCACGUCAUCCACCCGCUCGCCGGCCAGGGUCUGAACCUCGGAAUGGGCGACGUCGCCUCCCUCGCCGAGACCAUCUCCUACGCCGUCAACCACGGCAUGGAUGUCGGCGAUCUGCUCACCCUCGAGCGCUACGCCGGGGACCGCUACGCCACGAACGCCAAGAUCGGUGGCGCCUGCGAUGUCCUUCACAAGCUGUACAACGUCCCUGGAAACGGACCCGUCGCGUGGGCCCGCAGUCUGGGUCUGGAGGUCAUCGACCGCGUUCCGUUCGUUAAGGGGCUGCUGAUGAAGAAUGCCGAGGGUUAGUCAGUAUCGUUACUUUACUAAUACUGCUGCUACUGUAACGCCAGUAUACUACAGUCCACCAUAUUAUGCCUCCUCUCUCAUAACACCGUCUAUGUGAUGGAUGUGGUGUAUGCUGUACACGAAACAGGGUUAAUUCAAUAUGUAUAUUAUUUUCUCAUAAAUGAAGUGCAUGCCUGCACGGUGUGG